AUGCCAUCCCGCCAGCAACCGCACUUCCAGCCCCCGCCACCAAUCCGUACCUCCACCCACGACUCUGCAAAGUCUCAGUUGUCAGGGACUGUGUCUCCUGCCUCUGACAUGAUGUCACCAACUUCCACAUUUUCCCGAGAUGGCCGUUCCCCCGUUUCGCCGGGCGAGGAGUCGUUCUUUGGGGCCAUCGCCUCGCGGAUUCGCGGCCGCUCAAGGAGUCGAUCCCGAAAUCGUUCCUCUCGAGAGCGAUCCAAGUCUCCGAUCAUGCUGCCGCCUGAGCAAAUGCCUCCAACUUCGAGUGCCCAGCCUAUGAGCCCAACAUACACAACGCAGAGGCAGCAGCAACCACGACACGUGUCGCAUGCGAGCCAAAGCUCAGUAACUUCCACCACCUCAAAGCCCUCUAGACCGAGUCUCCAAGGGCCGACGAGGAGAAGCACGAGCAGCAGCGACAUGUGGCGUGGACGCCAUUCCAAUUCCUGGCUAUUCAACGACUUCUCCGUGACAGACACGGCAAAGGACAUCCUUCAUCUUCGACGAAAAUCAUGA